AGUGCAAGCGAAGAAGAAAGCAAGAUGAGUAGACCUCUGCUGCAGCCAGCUGGGCUCUUACAGUUCCUUCUGCCGUGGCUACUGUUGACCCCGGUACCUGUGGCCAGGGUCGAGGCAAGGAGAUCCAGAGCCUUGCUGCCCUGCCCCGUGGCCUGCGAGCCGACGCGCUGUCCCCCGCUGCCCACCUGUUCCGCGGGGACAACACCAGUGCUCGACCGCUGCCGUUGCUGCCGCGUCUGUGCUGCCGCUGAGGGCGAAGCCUGCGGCGGGGCGCGUGGCCUGCCCUGCGGCCCUGGGCUGAAAUGUGGCGCGCCCUUCAGCCAGGAGUACGUCGGCGGCCCCUGGCUGGGCACCUGCGGCUGCCCGGCGACAGGGGCGGCGGUGUGCGGCAGCGACGGGCGCACCUAUGCCAGUCUGUGCGCCCUCCGCGCGGAGAACCGCGCCGCGCGUCUCCGUGGCGCGCUCCCAGCUGUGCCGGUGCAGAAAGGGUACUGCGGGGAUCCAGGGACCAGAAGCGCAGGCAGGGUCCGAAGCAAAUACAACUUCAUCGCCGAGGUGGUGGAGAAGGUGGCGCCAUCUGUGGUUCACCUGCAGCUGUUUCGCAGGUCACCUCUCAGCGGCAAGGAAAUGCCUGCAUCCAGUGGCUCUGGGUUCAUAGUGUCUGAGGAUGGGCUCAUUGUUACCAAUGCUCAUGUCCUCACUAACCAGCAUCGGAUCCAGGUGGAGCUUCAAAGUGGGGUCCAGUAUGAAGCCACUGUCAAAGACAUUGACCAUAAGUUGGAUCUUGCACUGAUUAAGAUUGAGCCAAAUACUGACCUCCCUGUGUUGCUGCUGGGAAGAUCAUCUGACCUUCGGGCUGGAGAAUUUGUGGUGGCCUUGGGCAGCCCAUUUUCUCUACAGAACACGGUGACUGCAGGGAUUGUCAGCACUACACAGCGAGGGGGCAAAGAGCUGGGGCUGAAGGACUCAGACAUGGACUACAUACAGACUGAUGCCAUCAUUAAUCAUGGAAACUCUGGGGGGCCUUUGGUGAACUUGGAUGGUGAUGUGAUUGGCAUAAACACCCUGAAAGUGACUGCAGGAAUCUCUUUUGCGAUUCCCUCAGAUCGAAUCAGACAGUUCUUGGCAGACUAUCACGAGCGCCAGUUGAAAGGAAAAGCUCCUUUGCAGAAGAAAUAUCUGGGUCUGCGAAUGCUGCCCCUCACUCUGAACUUUCUUCAAGAAAUGAAAAGGCAAAAUCCAGAUUUCCCUGAUGUGAGUUCUGGGGUUUUUGUGUAUGAAGUAAUUCAAGGAACAGCUGCUGAAAGCUCGGGGUUGAGAGACCAUGAUAUAAUUGUCAGCAUAAAUGGGCAACCUGUUACAACCACAGCGGAUGUCAUAGAAGCUGUUAAGGACAAUGAUUCCCUUUCCAUCAUUGUGCGUCGGGGAAGUCAAACCUUAUUCUUGACAGUAACACCUGAAAUAAUCAAUUAAGUUUCUUGCUUUAAAGAGGGAUUAUUUAACAAAACCUAUAUUUUAUUACCCAAAGAAGUGCUAAAAAUGGCAGGGGAUUUUAGGAUCUCUUUCUUAUAAAGAAAAAUGGAUACUUUAAACACACACACACACAGUCUGAGAUCAUUAGGUUGGGGGUGCUGUUCUGCUACAAAGGCUUCCUAAGCCAAGUGGAAGGUGGCUAUUGUGCCAGGAAAUCUGGGGAGCUAGUGGGAAUGGUAGGAAACAACUAAAAAUAGGCAGUUUCUAAUAAACCUUGGUGCAGGGACACUUAUUGGCCAUGGCUUAUGGAUAAAGGAGGGGCAUUACUUAGAAGUCAAAUUGAAACUGAUUAUGGCAGAUUAUCACACAGAAUAUUACUAAUGACUCUCAAAUUAUCACUCUAGCAGUACAAAUAACUUUGGUCUCCAAUAGCAUUUCUGACUCUGAGAAGAGCUUCUUUUAUGAAAUAGCUUCUUCAAUAAUUUGCAGACUUAGUUUUUUAUUCAAGUUCUUCCUUGCCACAUUAAUGGUUUCUAGUCUUAGCAUUGCAAAUAUUAAAAAAAAAAAAUAAAGUGUGAGAUGAGGUAGGACAUAAGUCUUAAAGUGAUAUCUUCU